AUGAUCCGUGCUGCUAGUAAAGGGCAUGACAAAAUUGUACAAGAGUUAAUUAAUAGUGGAGGCGAUGUAAAUUCUACUAUAGAAAAUGGAAUUAAUUCUUUGAUGCAAGCAUCGUCUAACGGACAUCAUGAGACGGUUAAGGUAUUGAUUACAGCAGGUGGUGAUGUUAAUGCUGUCGAUAAUAUUGGAUGUACUGCAAUGAUCUGUGCUGCUGCAAAUGGACACGACAAAGUUGUCCAACAGUUAAUUAAUAGUGGUGGUGAUGUAAAUGCUGUCGAUAAAGACGGAUGGAAUGCAUUAAUCUUUGCAGCCGCAAAUGGGCAUGACAAAGUUGUUCAAGAGUUAAUUAAUAAUGGAGGUGCUGUAAAUGUUGUUGACAAAAACAGUGAGAGUGCAUUACAUCUAGCCGCUAAAAAUGGACAUGAAACUGUUGUACAACUUUUAAUAAACAAUGGAUGUUAUGUAAAUGCUGCUAAUAAAAAUGAAACCAAUGCUCUAAUGCUGGCCUCAUGUAGUGGACAUGAGGAGAUGGUAAAGCUAUUGAUUAUAGCAGGUGGUGAUGUUAAUGCUGUCGAUAAUAUUGGAUGGACUGCAAUGACCCGUGCAGCCAGAAAUGGGCACGACACAAUUGUACAAGAGUUAAUUAAUAAUGGAGGUGAUGUAAAUGUUGUUGACAAAAACGGAGACAGUGCAUUAUUUCUAGCCGCUGAAAACGGACAUGAAACUGCUGUACUAUUGCUAAUAAAUAGCGGAUGUGAUGUAAAUGCUGCUAAUAAGAAUGGAACAAAUGCUCUAAUGCUGACCUCAGAUAGAGGACACGAGGAGACGGUUACGCUAUUGAUUACAGCAGGUGGUGAUGUUAAUGCUGUCAAUAAAGACGGAUGGAAUGCAUUAGUCAUUGCAGCCACAAAUGGACACGCCAAAAUUGUACAAGAGUUAAUUAAUAGUGGAUGUGAUGUAAAUACUACUAUGGAAAGUGGAAUUAACUCUUUGAUGAAAGCAUCGUGUUUCGGACAUCAUGAGACGGUAAAGCUAUUGAUUACUGCAGGUGGUGAUGUUAAUGCUGUCGAUAAAGACGGAUGGAAUGCAUUAGUUUUCGCAGCCACAAAUGGACACGACAAAAUUGUACAAGAGUUAAUUAAUAGUGACGGUGAUGUAAAUACUACUUUAGAAAAUGGAAUUAAUUCUUUGAUGCUAGCAUCGCGUAACGGACAUCAUAAGACGGUUAAGGUAUUGAUUACAGCAGGUGGUGAUGUUAAUGCUGUGGAUAAACACGGUCGGAAUGCAUUAAUCUUUACAGCCACAAAUGGACAUGACAAAGUCGUCCAACAGUUAAUUAAUAGCGGAAGUGAUGUUAAUGCUGUUGACAAUGAUGGAAACUGUGCAUUAAUUCUAGCCUCUAAAAACGGACACGAAACUGUUGUACAUCUUUUAAUAAACAACGGAUGUGAUGUAAAUGCUGCUAAUAAGAAUGGAACCAAUGCUCUAAUGCUGGCCUCAUGUAGUGGACAUGAGGAGAUGGUAAAACUGUUGCUUACAGCAGGUGGUGAUGUUAAUGCUGUAGACAAAAGUGGAUGGACUGCAAUAAUCCGUGCAGCCAGAAAUGGACACGACAAAAUUGUACAAGAGUUAAUUAAUAGUGGAGGUGAUGUAAAUACGACUUUAGAAAAUGGAAUGAAUUCUUUGAUGCUAGCAUCGUGUAACGGACAUCAUAAGACGGUUAAGCUAUUGAUUUCAGCAGGUGGUGAUGUCAAUGCUGUAAGUAAAGACGGAUGGAAUGCAUUAGUCAUUGCAGCCGGAAAUGGAAACGAAAAAGUUGUACAACAGUUAAUUAAUAAUGGAGGUGAUGUAAAUGUUGUUUACAAAAACGGAGACAGUGCAUUAUUUCUAGCCGCUAAAAACGGACAUGAAGCUGCUCUACUAUUGCUAAUAAAUAACGGAUGUGAUGUAAAUGCUGCUAAUAAGAAUGGAACCAAUGCUCUAAUGCUGGCCUCAGGUAGUGGACAUGAGGAGACGGUAAAGUUAUUGAUUACAGCAGGUGGUGAUGUUAAUGCUGUAGACACAAGUGGAUGGACUGCAAUGAUCCGUGCUGCCGCAAAUGGACACGACAAAGUUGUACAACAGUUAAUUAAUAAUGGAGGUGAUGUAAAUGUUGUUGACAAAAACGGAGACAGUGCAUUAUUUCUAGCCGCUAAAAACGAACAUGAAACUGUUGUACAAUUGAUAAUAAAUAGUGGAUGUGAUGUAAAUGUUGCUAAUAAGAAUGGAACCAAUGCCCUAAUCCUGGCCUUAGUUAGAGGACGUGAGGAGACGAUAAAGCUAUUGAUUACAGCAGAUGGUGAUGUUAAUGCUGUCACUAAAGACGGAUCCAAUGCUUUAAUCUUUGCUUCAAAACAUGGGCACGACAAAGUUGUAAAACAGCUAAUUAGUAGUGGAGUUAAUGUAAAUGCUGUCGACGAAGACGGAUGGAAUGCAUUAAUCUUUGCAGCCACAAAUGGGCAUGACAAAAUUGUACAGCAGUUAAUUAAUAGCGGAAGUUAUGUAAAUGCUUCUAAUAAGAAUGGACCCAAUGCUCUAAUGCUUGCCUCAGGUAACGGUCAUGAGGAGACUGUAAAGCUGUUGCUAACUGCAGGUGAUGAUAUUAAUGUUGUCGAUAAUAUUGGAUGGACUGCAAUGAUCUGUGCUGCCGCAAAUGGACACGACAAAGUUAUCCAACAGUUAAUUAAUGGUGGAAGCGAUGUGAAUGCUGUCGACGAUGAUGGAAACUGUGCAUUAAUUCUAGCCUCUAAAAACGGACAUGAAACUGUAGUACUAUUAUUAAUAAAUAGUUGUUGUGAUGUAAAUGCUGUUAAUAAGAAUGGUAAAAAUGCUCUAAUGCUGGCCUCAGGUAGAGGACACGAGGAGACGGUAAAGCUAUUGAUUACAGCAGGUGGUGAUGUUAAUGCUGUCCACAAUAAAGGGUGGAAUGCAUUAAUGUUUGCUUCUCAUGAAGGUCACACCGAUAUUGUUGAGCAUUUAAUAAACAAUGGAAGUAAUGUAAAUGCUACUAAUAAGAAUGGGAAAAAUGCUCUAAUGCUGGCCUCAGGUAGAGGACACGUGGAG